AUGAUACCUCUCAUUCCCCUGUUGGCUAGUAUCACGCCCGUGGCCGGCACAGCUGCAGAUCCCGCAGCAUGCGCGAACAUCACUACUCACCUGGGUUCUUCCAAAGUAGAUUCGUAUAGGCCAUCCUGUGUGGUGUAUCCGAAAACCGCUCAGGAUGUCUCUAUUGUUCUUCAAGCAGUUCGAGCCGCGGACAGUCGGUUUGCCAUUAAGGCUGGCGGCCACAAUCCGAAUACCUUUUACUCCUCUGUUGACAAAGGGGCACUUCUCGAUAUGAGCUAUAUGACCAAAAAGUCAUACGAUCCUAAUACUACCCUGGCUACAUAUGAGCCUGGUGGUGUGUUUGGCGACAUCUACGAGUACUUUGCGCAAUUCCAUCGUACCGUGGUCGGCGCCCGACUUGCUGGCGUUGGAACCGGUCUGGCUCUGGGUGGAGGUAUGAGCUACCUUUCGCCUCAAUACGGCUUAGCUUGUGACUCUUUCCGUGAGUUGGAGAUAGUUCUACCCUCGGGUGAGAUCGUGACAGCCUCUAACGAGACCAACCUCGAUCUGUUCUUCGCCUCUCGAGGCGGCGGCGGGAAUGCGUAUGGAGUGGUGACAAAAUACACCGUGCAGAGUCGGCCUUCUGGUGAAUUCUGGGCUGGCAAUCUCAUCUACGCGUUCCCUCAAAAGGACAAUGUCAUCGAGGCGAUCGGAAACUUCAUUCAGUAUAACACCGAUCCUAAGGCGGCGAUUAUUGGCACCUAUGAGAAGCUGGGAACGCUUGAUCUGAACUUGAACCUGGACGAGGCCAUCAUUACUCCUCUCCUGGACACUACCGGUGUCAAAACCUACCUCGAGGUAGUCAACAUGCCCAUCCCCAUGUCCACCGAGAUUUCCCGCGGCGCCAACAUAUUCCGCGUCGGAUUUCACCGUCCCGGUGAUGGAUCUUAUGAGAACGCACUGGAUUUGUGGCGUGAAUGGGCUGAGACCAACAAAGGCAAAUACACCCUCCUCUCUCUCGAUUUUCAGCCAGUUCCCAAGAGUUUGACGGAUGCCAGCAAUGCGCAGGGCGGCAAUGCGAUGCAAAUGCCUGAUGGUCCGUGGUUUUGGCUCUACUAUCUCAUCACAAUCCCGCCUGGUAUGAGCGAAGCCGAUUUCAAUGCCGUUCAGGCCAGUUAUCGGGAUAUGGUCAAGUCAACUGGGAAUGCCGAGGGUCUUCCUUUGUUCAUCAAUGAUGCAAACUAUGAUCAACAUCCUUUACAGACGUUCUCGACUUUCGCAAAGUUGCAGGAGAUCAAGAAGAGGUAUGACCCCGAUAACUUCUUUGCGGACAAGACUGGUGGUUGGUCGUUUGAGUAA